ACAAACUUUCAUAUCUGUUUCCUUCUUUCUUUCACCAACAAUAACAAAAAACCCAACUUCUGCUACUCAAGAUUCAACCUUUUGUGAGUCUUGAACUCAUGGGUUGUUGCAAUUCAUUCUUUUCUAAAAAACCCACAUCGGAAAAAGAUAGUUUUCACCGGAAUAAUGCUCCAGCCAACGGAAAAGGGGCUGCUUUCGCCGGAGUGCCUGUGUUUUCUGAGUACUCAUUGGCGGACUUGAAGGGUGCAACUAAUAACUUCAGUUCAGAGUAUAUUCUUUCUGAAAGUGGUGAGAAAGCUCCGAAUGUUGUGUAUAAGGGUAGGCUGCAGAAUAAGAGGUGGAUUGCUGUUAAGAAGUUUUCGAAAAUGGCGUGGCCUGAUCCCAAACAGUUUGCGGAUGAAGCAUGGGGAGUUGGAAAGUUGAGGCAUAAUAGGGUCGCUAAUUUGAUCGGAUAUUGUUGUGAUGGGGAUGAAAGGCUACUUGUUGCAGAGUAUAUGCCUAACGAUACUCUAGCCAAACAUUUAUUUCACUGGGAGAAUCAAACAAUCGAAUGGGCAAUGCGUUUACGGGUUGCUCUAUGUAUUGCUGAAGCAUUGGAUUACUGCAGUACUGAAGGCCGUCCAUUGUAUCAUGAUUUAAAUGCAUAUAGAGUUCUCUUCGAUGAGAAUGGCGAUCCACGACUUUCAUGUUUUGGGUUGAUGAAAAAUAGUAGGGAUGGGAAAAGUUAUAGCACAAAUCUUGCAUACACUCCUCCAGAGUAUCUAAGAAACGGGAGAGUUACGCCUGAAAGUGUUAGUUUUAGCUUUGGGACGGUACUUUUGGAUCUUCUGAGUGGAAAACAUAUUCCCCCGAGUCACGCGCUUGAAAUGAUUAGGGGGAAAAACAUUUCUCUGUUGAUGGAUUCACAUUUGGAGGGUAACUUUUCGACUGAAGAAGCGACUGUUGUGUUUGAUCUUGCUUCACGAUGCUUACAGUAUGAACCAAGGGAAAGACCAAAUACGAAAGAUUUGGUUGCCACACUUGCCCCGUUGCAGACCAAACCAGAUGUUCCGUCUUAUGAGAUGCUUGGGAUCCCAAAACAUGAAGAAGCACCCACCACACCGCCCCACCCUCUUUCUCCGAUGGGUGAUGCAUGUACACGUGUGGAUCUAACAGCCAUCCACCAGAUACUCGUGAUGACACAUUAUAAAGACGAUGAAGGCACCAAUGAGCUUUCUUUUCAAGAGUGGACCCAACAAAUGAGGGAUAUGUUGGAGGCAAGGAAGCACGGGGAUCUAGCUUUUCGUGAUAAAGAUUUUAGAACCGCCAUUGAUUGUUAUUCUCAGUUCAUCGAUGUUGGCACUAUGAUAUCACGGACAGUGUACGCAAGGCGCAGUCUAUGCCACCUCAUGUGUGAUCAACCCGAUGCAGCCCUUCGAGACGCCAUGCAAGCACAAUGCGUGUACCCUGACUGGUCAACCGCAUUUUACAUGCAAGCUGUUGCCCUUGCCAAGCUGGACAUGCACAAAGACGCAGUUGAUAUGUUGAAUGAAGCCGCUACUCUUGAAGACAAAAAACGACCCAAAUGAGAUCCUAUUGUUGUAAGCAUGUCGCCAUUGUUGUUGUGGUCAGUAAAGUAGCGCUGGUUAAAGUUAAAAAACUGGCUUUUAUUUAUUUAUAUAAUUUUCUUGAUAACGAAUGUGUGGGAAGCAAGCAAACAUGUACAUUAAUUAUAUAAAACUUUUGCUA